AUGGCUUCGACGCAGGAAGAGGGCGAGAAGCCCUUGAAUCAAUCCGAGAAGGAAUUCUUGAGGGAUAAUUUCGGCGACGAAUUCCAUUUCCUGCGCGACCAUGGUCUCAGCAUCUACAAAGAGGAGGAUCGUCACGAGGGCCGAGCGAUCCUGCGAGCUUUCCAGAAGUAUGACUUCCUCCCCGAGGAGGAUCACUCCCCUCAUCGUGUCAACGAGGCGGCUCCUGAGUUCCGCCACGACAACUAUUUCCGCGCGGACGGCCGAGCUGAAGAGACCCAGUAUCAGCAACAGAUGCCGAGAGCCUUCGCCCCCGCGCACGGAUCCGAUUUUGCUGGAUUGUCAAUCUUCGAGCCGGCUCAAGCCCCUGCUCUGGUAUCUGCGCCUGACGGCGGUGAACAGCACCAGGGACCGGCACGCGAGUAUGGUAUGAACCCUUAUGAGCUUGGGUAUCAUCAUGAACAGAAUGGCGCUCGCGAUGGGGGAUACCAGGGCGGGUACCAGAACGGAUACCAGAACGGAUACCAGAACGGAUACAAUGCUGGGUGUGAUAAUGGGUACGUUGAGGGAUACAAUUCUGGGCAAAUUGAUGGUUGCGAUAAUCCGCAUGAUGCUGGUCCCGAUUGUCAUCAUGGAAUCCAUGAUGAGUGCAAUAAUGGGUACGCUGAGGGAUACAGUUCUGGGGAAGAUUAUGUUUGCGAUAAUCCGCACGAUGCCGGUUCCGAUUGUGGAUAUGAUGAUGGCUACUAUGAGGGAUUCGAUGAAAUGUACGAAUAUGGGUACUAA